AUGAACCCUGAUUAUGAGCAGUCACAAGUGUUAGAUUUUGAUGAAGGCCAUGAUGAUUACUCAAAUAGUAUUGUACCAUUUAUAAGGUCACAAGGCAAACAAAGUCGUGUCAUUCAAAAGGAAGUGGUGAAUCAUGAAAUUGAAACUCAAGAAGAAGUGAUCACUAGUGCAGUUGAAACUAAAGAACCAUUGGGAACUUACCAUGUACAGGAACCAAGCUGCCAAGCUGAUGAUGGAGCUAAUACUACGACAGUUGAUGAUUAUGAACCAUUUAUAGAGGAUUACUCACUUUAUGCUGAUUAUGAUGCUGAAUUUAAUGUUGAAGCUUCAUUUGAAAAACAACCAGAAGUGGAUUAUCUAGAGGGUAUGGUGAGUGAUGAUAGUGGAGAAGCUUUCUACUUUGAGAGUGGCCAUGGUUCUGAGGAUAGUGGAGAUGAUUCUGAUGACAGUGAAUACAAUGUGGAUGAGUCUAACAUACAAUUUGAUGUAGAUGUAGACAUGAGUGAAUUCCAUAAUGCUGUUGAUGUCGAUGAACAUGGAAUCUUGAACAAUCAUUCAAAAGAUGAAGGGAUUGACAUGGUUGAUGAUGAGUUGGAAGUUAUUGCCACUGAUGAUUAUCAAUUUGCAGGAUUUCAUGAAGAUGAUAGGAAGAGACUGCUAAAAGAGUUGAGUAAGUCAAGUACAUGCUCACAUGGAGAUAUUCAUGUUAAACCAUUUCAGAUUGGCCAGGUCUUCAAAACCAAGCUUGAUGUUAUAAACUACAUGAACUCACAUGUUGUAGCAACAAGGAGGUCUUUAUACCUAGCCAAAAAUGACAAAAUCCGGAUUAGGGUGAAAUGUAAAGGUGUUGUAAUUACAAUGGCGACCCUCUCUUCCAAUCGAUUCUUUAAUCUUAUCAAACCUGGAAUCACCACCAAUGCCCUAGCACACAUAGGAGGAUCAGACCAUCGAAUGAAACCACAUCUUCUACAGUUCCAAAAUUGUCUUCCAGGGUUACGAUCCGUCCAUGAAGUGAUCUUCGUUGCUUCAUUCCCACACCUGCAAGUCACCAUCUUUGAAUCAAAAGCGAUUCAAUGUCAUGAAGGGUGCAACAGUCGGUCGAGCAACAGUGGAAAGGAGGAGAUGGGAGAUGAGGAUUAA